GUGCUACUCGCAGUGUCAAAGUGACAGCGACCCGCCGACACCGUAAGCUGCCUCAAACCCCACGCGCGGCCCCUUUCCUCGACCCCCGCCAUCCAUUAAACCCACCGCCGCGCCCCCCGCAGCGUCGCGGGCUGCCCCCAGCAAAGUGCAACAGCAGCGGCGGAGCGGCAAUCUCGAGGUGCAACUUCGCGGACCAUCUCACAGUUUCGACUCAACCGAGACCAUCCACCAUGGUGCUGACGGACGACGAGGAGGCCGCCAUCAAGGCCGCCGUGCUCGGCGGCAGCGCCGACAUCGACGUGCACUGGAUCUUGUACUGCGGCACGCUCGUCUUCCUCAUGCAGACGGGCUUCGCCAUGUUGUGUGCGGGCUCGAUCCGGGCGAAGAACGCCCAGAACAUCCUGCUGAAGAAUUUGUUGGAUGCUUGCGUGGGCGCGAUAUGGUUCUGGGCCACGGGCUACGCGUUCGCCUACGGGCAGUCGGGGAGCGACAAGAACUGGUUCAUCGGGAACAACUACUUCUUCUUGUCGAAGGGCUACGAGGGCGGCGACGGCUACCACAACUGGUUCUUCCAGUUCGCCUUUGCUGCUACCGCGGCGACGAUCGUGAGCGGUGCGGUCGCGGAGCGGUGCUCCAUGACGGCGUAUGCGGCGUACAGCGCCUUCCUGACGGGCUUCGUGUACCCGGUGGUGGUGCACUGGGUCUGGAGCGGCACGGGCUGGCUGAGCGCCUGGAAGGCGACGGGCAACCGGGCGGCGUGGCUGAACGUCGGUGUGGUGGACUUCGCGGGCUGCGGCGUCGUGCACAUGGUCGGCGGCGCGGCGGCGGGCAUCGGGGCGGCGGUGCUCGGGCCGCGCAUCGGGCGCUUCGCGGGCGAGAACCCGGGGCCCAUCAAGGGCCACUCCAUGCCGUUGGUUGUGCUGGGCACCUUCUUCCUCUGGGUCGGCUGGUACGGCUUCAAUCCUGGUAGCACCUUAUACAUUGGUGGCGUGUCGACGGUCGCGUCUCGAGUUGCCGUAACGACAACUCUAGCAGCCGCGUCGGGCGGCGUCGCGAACCUAUUCAUCCACUACAAACUCUCCCAGACUUAUGACGUGGCCGAGAUGUGCAACGGUAUCCUCGCGGGGCUCGUGUCGAUCACGUCGGCGUGCCCCGUGGUCGAGCCCUGGGCUGCUGUCGUCAUUGGCCCGAUCGGGGCCGUCUUCUACACGCUCGGUGCCAAGCUUUUAGUUAAGUUAGAAAUCGACGACGCCGUCAACGCGACGCCGGUGCACUACUUCGCGGGCUGCUGGGGACUACUAGCGCCGGCGUUGUUCGCUAGAAAGGAGCACAUGCGCGAGGCCUACGGCAACGCCGACGUCGGGGGCCUCUUCUACACGGGCCAGGGCAACAUGCUGGCCUGCAACUUCGUCGCCCUCAUAGCUAUUACGAUUUGGGUCGGCGCGCUCAUGACGCCCUUCUUCAUCCUCCUGAAGAAGGCCGGCUGGUUCCGCGUGCCCGAGAACAUCGAGAUCGAGGGCCUGGACGACUCGAAGCACGGCGGCUCGGCCUACGGCAUCGAGCUCGCGGCCGCCGACGUGCGCAAGGCCGCCGAGCGGGUCUGAGGCACUCGUGUCUCUCCCGCCAAUGUCCAUACGCCCGGCCUGCCGUCACAGACUGGCAGCGCUCAUUCCACUUCCCGGGGCACGCCCGUGUCCGCGGACAGUCCAAGUCGCCAUCGCUCUCCCAGGGCCAGCCCAUGAUUGUACACACCCCCGUCCGCACCCAUCUUACCGAGAUCGGUGCCCCGCCCUCCUCCCUCCCCGCUAUCUCGCAUAACGGGUGCCUGCUUGA